AUGUCUGCUCCUAAAGAACUUAUACUAAAACUACACUCGAUUGAAGAGACUCUACGUGUGCGUGUAGAGGUUGACGCUUGCAAGAGCAUGGCUCAGAUCACUGGGUAUAUCGAGAAGGCUUGGCCUCAGCUGAAGGACGAGAAGUAUCGUAUCUACUACCUGGACGAUUCGGAUGAGCUGUGCGUGUUGAAUGAACUUUCGGUUGGUGAUGCUAUCACUCUGCCCGCUAAGAUGAUGAGAGCUGGUGAUGAUGCUGUACCUGUUCUGGAUCUUUUUAUCAAGAAGGAGAUUGAUAGAGAUCUGACUUCUCCAAGGGAGGUUAACCCUUCUGCUAGAAAUCUGGCUAGACGGUUAACAGAUUUCGACUACAUGAACUCCUUUGAUGAUGCUUGGCAGUUGGUUGAUAGUAUGCUCGCUACUGGUCAGGAUCUGGACAGUGUUGCCAAGCAUCUUGAGACGAGGCAGGACAGGAAGCAGAAGUCGGUUGAUGCGGCUCCACAAGAGCCUCCUGCCAGAGGUGUGAAGAGAAUCGCUAGUGAAAUGGAGAAGGAUUCUAGUGCCGUUCAGCCUCAAGUAAAGACUAGUGGUAAAGUGUACGCCACUACUAGCGAUGGUAAGCAUGAGUAUCAUAUCGAGAAGCGUGUCAAAUCUGAGAAGGAGGCUGUUGAUACUAUGGUUGAUCUGCUUACUGAGAUGGGCUUCGUUGAGAGCAAGGAUAAGGCUAAGGAUCUCGUGAACAACUUAGUGGGUUCUGGUGAAGAUCUGAAACGUGUUGCUGAUCAUAUAAUGUCGAGGGCGAUAGAGCAAGAGAAUGAUUCUCCUCUCGCCUUGAGGGAUCUUGAUGAUGAGCUGAAGUUGGUGGAAGCUGACGACACUGCACGAGACUUUGCUGAUCUCCUCGAUGACUUCGGUUUCGUUGGCAGUCGCGAUGCUGCUCGCGAGCUGGUGGGUUCAUUGAUGGCUACUGAACAAGAUUUAGGCAGUAUUGCUGAUCAUUUCAUGCGUCAUGCUCGGACUCGUUCUCUGAAGGGCACCAAGAAGGUGGCUGAUGCUCAGAAGAAGGCUGUUGGUGAUGCUGUUGCUGCUGAGAAGAAGACUGCUGGUCAAACUCAGCCACAAGAGACGACAACUGCGUGA